UAGUAAGGACCUUAUAUUCACCACAAGAAAAAACAGCAUGUUCCAGUUUAAGUCUAAACUAUGUGUCAACGUGUACUUGGGAAACAAAAAGAGUAGUUGCAAUACUGACUUCCAAAUCAAAGGAAAGUGGUCUAAGAAAUGUUGUAGUAUUCAUAUGGGAGAUUCUAAAACACCGAUAUCCCAAACGAAUAUCAAGGACGAAAAGAGCAACUUAAUGGUGGUAACAAUUAAUCCUAACGUGGAUUAUGCAUUUGUGGUCGCACUUAUUGCAAUUGUUGAUGCUAUGAAUAGUUCGGAGAUAGAAGUAGCUAAGACUGUUAAAGCCAAAGGAACUGAGCGUAUGAUCGAUUGUAUGUGUGAGAUGCUCUGUGGCUGUGUUUAAUUAAUCGUAUUAAUUAGUUUCAUGACGGAUUUCUUCAAGAUAUAUAUAUCAUCUUUCAAAAUAUGUUGU